UCACUCCUGAGAUCUUUGGUCAGUCAGACGACAGAACUUCCGGUCGGCAUUUUGUUCUACGAGAGGAGAACCUCUUGGUGAUCGCAAUAAUCGUCAUAUUUCUCAUUUAUUGUCGAAAUUGGCUGGAACUAUUCUUCAUGUCGGCGCAGACCGACUGAGACUCCGAAGAACGAAUGUUUCCCCAUGAAGAUACGUUGAAACAUUCACCCGUAAGUGACGGAGGAAGAACGAAUCAGUCCGACCCGGAUUAUUGUUGAUAGCUACCAAGCUAGCUCAAAAGCUAGCUUGCGAGCCAAUCGAGUUCCUUCUGGAGGAGCUGCCAGAAAGAAGAAAGGGGGAGCUAGAGAUACGCACACGGACAGCUAAAACAUUCCCCUCCCUUUGGACGUAACAUCAGAAGGUGCCAGGAGAUGUGAGGACGGGAGUUGUUCUUCAACCCCCUGAUCUUCCUGUGUAUGAACACACUCCCCCACCCUCACCUUCAGCAUGAAUGGGGAUAUGCCUCAUGUUCCCAUCACCACUCUUGCUGGUAUCGCUAGCCUCACAGACUUGUUGAACCAGCUGCCCCUCCCCUCUCCUCUACCUGCCACCACCACUAAGAGCCUCUUAUUCAAUGGGAGAAUUGCGGAGGAAGUUACUUGUCUCUUGGGCUGUCGAGAUGAAAAUCUUGCCUCCCAACUCGCUCAUGGCCUCAGCCAGGUUUCCACAGAGCACAUAGAGCUGAAGGACAACCUUGGUAGCGAUGAGCCAGAGGGAGAUGCACCAGUGUUGUUGCAGACCAUACUUGCCAGGCACCCUGGCAUCUUCAGGGAGAAAAAUGUUAUGCAGCAGCCAAUGGUACCUCCAUUCAAGGUCACCCAGAAUUCCAUGCAUAGCCCUGCCCAACCUGCAAACUUCCAGCCAGCUGCAAUUUCUCCCAAUCCAUCAAGUCGUUUUGUGGCGCCACAGUCAGGUUCAAGUAGUCGGUACAUGGGCCAGCAAAGCAGUCCAGUACCGAGCCCCUACACUCCUCAGAGUCCUGCUCCUGGUUACAUCCAGCAGUAUCCCCAUCAACAACCUCCCAGUUACAACCAACAUCAGCAGAUCCAACAAGUGUCUGUUGCAAGUCCAUUGGUGCCCGGUGGAAUGCGAAAUAUCCACGAGGGCAAAGUGUCGGGGCAGAUGGCUAGUGCUCCCAAUCACCACCCAGACAGACAUGAAGACUACCUGAACAUCGUGCAACGCCUGGGCAGUGAGGAGGGCGACUCCACCUUAAGGAAUCCGUCUUUCCCCCUGAGGUCUCCACAGUCGGGCUGUUCUCCAGCGUCCAGCGAUGGAACACCCAAAUCGGGAUCUCGACCACCACUGAUACUCCAGUCACCGCUUCCAUAUGCGCCCUCGCCGAGGGAAGGGGGACCGGACCAUAAGCAGCUGCUACAACAACGAAAGAAAGUCCCUGAAGUGAAAGAGGAGAAAGACAUGUAUGACAUUGUUAGCUCGCCAAACAAGGACUCUACGAAACUCACGCUGAAGCUGUCUCGGGUCAAGUCAAACGGAUCCGAUCCGCCAGGAGAUGUUGGAGGAAUGGAUCAAAAUUCGGACAAUAUGGAAGCAGAUCUAGGAUUUCAGCACGUUCCUGUUCUCCAGCAAAAUCUCGCCGCUCGAUUGCAUCCGCAGCAGCUUUCCCAGCAGGCAGGUGGAGCCAGUGGUCUUCAGCCUCCCAGCUCCCCUUAUGACGCUGCAGAGCUUGAUGCCCUUGCAGAAAUUGAAAGGAUAGAACGUGAAGCAGCUAGUGAGAAGUGUUCUAAGGAGGUACAAGAUAAAGACAAGCCACUGAAAAAGAGAAAGCAGGACUCUUUUCCCCUUGAACCAGGUGCAGGGGGAGCAGGUGCCCCCACAGGUGCCCCAGGCAGUGGAUCAACUGGAGGGGGCAAUGCUGGCAAACUGACGCCACAAGAGGCCACUGCAGCCGGAAACGGUGCCAGCCGCCCUCCCCUCAUGGUGAGCAUCGACCUCCAGCAGGCAGGCCGAGCUGAUGGCCAGCUCGACCCUUGUCUGGCUGCUCCUAUUCCUGCCCUCGAAGCCCAACGUUGGCCGGAAGAACCAACUAGUGGGCCGGCUGCGGUGGAAGGUUCUGACACAGCUUUACGGUUGAAGCCAGACGGACGGCCAGAUGUCAUCAAGAACAGGGUGGAGAAACACGACGGCAGGAGAGAAGGCCGAGAGUCUUCGAAACACCGGCAUGACGAGAAGUCCUCAGACAGACGCGGAGAGAUGUCCAAGUCAUCACAUCGCGGAGAAUAUGGACGAGACAAGGACCGUGAAUCUGACAGGGACAGAAGGCAUCGAAGUGAGACUGGGAGUCGAGAUAGGAGGUCCCCUGACUCCCGCUCCCGAAGCGAUCGAGAUAGGCUGGGCUACCACGCUUCUUCCACGGGAGAGCCCGGCAGGAGCAGCAGUAGGCACGAUGGUUCCAAACCAGCCUCAACAGCUGCUAAAAUUCCAGAUUCUUUCCCAGCUCACCUCCUGGGAGGGCAUAGUGGAGCCCUGAAGAACUUCCAGAUCCCUAAGAUUAAUCGUGAAAAGGAUGUUAGUGGAUCCACUGAAAGUCAGAUGUGGGGCCAGCCUAAGGUUAAAUUGGAGAGGCUGGGUUUGGCGAGGGACUUUGAGAAGCGGCCCAAGCCUGUGGUGGUUCUAAAAAAGCUUUCAGUUGACCAAAUUCAGAGGAUUAUUCGGCACAGCAAAUCUGGAAAGAACAGGUUCUCAUCGAAAUCCAGCAAAAGUGGAAUGGACCCAGCAGUUCUGAAAGAACUGCCGCCAGAGUUGUUGGCAGAAAUUGAAUCAACCAUGCCCUUGUGUGAGAGGGUAAAGAUGAACAAGAGAAAACGAAGCACUGUAAACGAGAAGCCCAAAUACGCUGAGGUCAGCUCAGAUGAUGACUUGGAUGCCAAUGGAGAAUCUGCGAGGAAACGUCACCGCCGGGACAAAGACCGGGCCUGGGAGUUUGAAGAAAGGGAACGGCGGGCUUCAGGUGAACACAGGAAGAGUGGACACAAAGACAGCCGGCGGGGCUCAGGGAGCCGCUAUCGGGACUCAUCGGAAGAAGAUUCUCCACCACCCAGCAUUAGUGACAUUGCCAGAAAGAUGAAAAUGAAGGAAAAGCAGAAGAAAAGGAAAGCAUACGAACCCAAGCUUACCCAAGAGGAGCUAAUGGACUCUUCCACAUUCAAGAGAUUCUUGGCAAGCAUCGACAACAUACUGGACAGUUUGGAGGAUGUGGAUUUCACUGCCAUGGCGGCAGAUGAUGAUGAAAUACCUCAGGAGUUGCUGCUGGGUAAACACCAGGUUAAUGAGCUGGGAAGCGAAUCUGCCAAAAUCAAGGCCAUGGGCAUCACUGGCAGGAUACCAUCAGACAAGUUAGUGAAGCUCCUAAACAUCCUAGAAAAGAACAUCCAGGAUGGAUCCAAACUUUCCACUUUGAUGAAUCAUGACCAAGAUGCUGAAGACGAGGAAAGACUUUGGAGGGAUCUGAUAAUGGAAAGAGUCACAAAGUCUGCAGAUGCCUGUCUGACAGCUCUUAAUGUUAUGACCUCAGCACGCAUGCCAAAGGCGGUCUACAUUGAGGAUGUCAUUGAGCGCGUGCUACAAUACACCAAGUUCCACCUUCAGAACACGCUGUAUCCACAGUACGAUCCGGUCUACAGGGUGGACCCACACGGAGGCGGCAUGCUGAGCUCAAAGGCAAAGCGUGCAAAAUGCUCGACACACAAGCAGCGUGUCAUCGUCAUGCUAUACAACAAAGUUUGUGACAUCGUCAGCAACAUUUCUGAGCUCUUAGAGAUCCAACUACUGACAGACACCACCAUUCUCCAGGUUUCUUCAAUGGGAAUCACUCCUUUUUUUGUGGAGAACGUCAGUGAGCUGCAGUUGUGUGCCAUUAAGCUAGUAACAAUGGUGUUCUCACGAUAUGAGAAACACCGGCAGCUGAUCUUGGAGGAGAUCUUUACCUCUUUAGCCAGACUGCCCACCAGCAAACGCUCUCUCAGGAAUUUCAGAUUGAACAGCUCAGACCAGGAUGGAGAGCCGAUGUACAUCCAAAUGGUCACUGCUCUGGUUCUGCAGCUGAUCCAGUGUGUGGUCCAUCUCCCCAGCGACAAAGAUGUAUUUGAAGAGUUUGAAAAUAAGGUGGAUCAGGAUGUCUUAAUUACCAACUCUUAUGAGACUGCAAUGAGAACGGCACGGAACUUCCUCUCAGUCUUCCUCAAAAAGUGUGGUAGCAAGCAGGGAGAAGAGGAUUACCGUCCGUUGUUUGAAAACUUUGUCCAGGACCUCCUUUCAACUGUAAACAAACCAGAGUGGCCUGCUGCUGAGCUGUUGCUCAGUCUGCUCGGUAGACUGCUGGUUCAUCAGUUUAGUAAUAAACAAACAGAAAUGGCGCUCAGAGUAGCAUCCUUAGAUUACUUGGGGACCGUGGCUUCUCGUCUAAGGAAGGACGCAGUCACCAGCAAGAUGGACCAGAGAUCGAUUGAUCGUAUCCUACAACAGUCUCCAGGUACUGAUGAAACCCAGCAGCUUCAGAAGGCUUUACUGGACUACCUGGAAGAGAACGCCGAGACAGAUCCAUCGCUGGUGUUUGCUAGAAAGUUUUAUGUUGCCCAGUGGUUCCGAGAUGCCACAACAGAGGCCGAAAAGUCCAUGCGAAACCAGAAUCCAAAGGACGAAGACUCUUCCGACGGACCACAACAUGCAAAGGAGAUGGAAACAACGGGGGAAAUUAUGCAGCGCGCAGAAAGGCGCAAAAAAUUCCUGCGCGGCAUCAUUAAAACUACACCGGCUCAUUUUGCCACACUGAAAAUGAACUCUGACACUGUGGACUAUGAGGACUCCUGCCUCAUCGUACGUUAUUUGGCCUCCAUGAGGCCGUUUGCCCAGAGUUUUGAUAUUUAUUUAACACAGAUCUUGCGAGUUCUUGGAGAAAGUGCCAUUGCUGUUAGGACUAAAGCCAUGAAAUGUCUGUCUGAGGUUGUGGCAGUGGACCCCAGCAUUCUGGCUCGGUCUGAAAUGCAGCGUGGAGUUCAUGGCCGUUUGAUGGACAACUCCACCAGCGUGAGAGAAGCUGCUGUGGAGCUGUUGGGCAAAUUUGUGCUGAGCAGACCCCAGCUCACAGAGCAGUACUAUGACAUGCUCAUUGAGAGAAUACUGGAUACUGGUAUCAGUGUCAGAAAGCGAGUGAUCAAGAUCCUCAGAGACAUCUGCUUGGAGCAACCAACCUUCAGCAAGAUUACUGAGAUGUGUGUCAAGAUGAUCCGCAGAGUCAAUGAUGAAGAAGGCAUCAAGAAAUUGGUCAAUGAGACAUUCCAGAAGUUGUGGUUCACUCCAACUCCAGCACAUGACAAAGAGACCAUGACCAGAAAGAUUCUCAACAUCACUGAUGUUGUGGCAGCGUGCCGAGACACUGGGUAUGACUGGUUUGAACAGCUUCUUCAAAAUCUCCUCAAAUCUGAAGAGGACGCUUCAUACAAACCAGCGAAAAAGGCUUGUGUUCAACUCGUCGACAAUCUGGUAGAACACAUCCUUAAAUACGAAGAGUCUCUUGCAGAAAACAAAGGGGUAAACUCAACACGGCUCGUGGCGUGCAUCACCACUUUAUACCUCUUCAGCAAGAUCAGAGCCCAGCUCAUGGUCAAGCAUGCCAUGACCAUGCAGCCAUAUCUAACAACAAAGUGUAAUACUGCCAAUGACUUCAUGGUUAUCUGCAACGUGGCAAAGAUUUUGGAGCUGGUCGUUCCUCUGAUGGAACAUCCCAGUGAAACGUUCCUUGCUACAAUUGAAGAAGACCUCAUGAAGCUCAUCAUCAAACACGGCAUGACGGUUGUUCAGCACUGUGUGAGCUGCCUUGGAGCUGUUGUAAACAAAGUCACUCACAACUACAAGUUUGUCAUGGCUUGCUUCAACAAGUUCUAUACUGCACUUAAUAAGCUCAAGAUUCAGCAUCAGGAGGACCCCAACAGCUCAUCCUUGGUAGUAAACAAGCCUUUUCUGCUGCGGUCGCUCUUCACAGUGGGUGCCUUGGCCCGACACUUUGAUUUUGACCUGGAGGAGUUCAAGGGCAACAACAAGGUUGUUAUCAAAGAGAAAGUUCUUGAACUGCUUCUUUACUUCACCAAGCAUGAAGAGGAGGAGGUCAAGACCAAAGCAAUCAUUGGUCUAGGUUUCCUAGUGAUCAUGCAUCCAAGCCAGAUGUUUGUCCCUGAGGUGAAGGCCUUGUACAACGGCAUUUUGGCUGAUGGGUCCUCUUCCAUCAACCUCAAAAUCCAGGUCCUCAAAAACCUGCAGACAUAUCUUCAGGAAGAAGACACGCGAAUGCAGGAAGCAGAUCGGGAAUGGAAGAAACUUUCCAAGCAGGAGGAUCUCAAGGAGAUGGGAGACAUUUCUUCGGGAAUGAGCAGCUCCAUCAUGCAACUUUAUCUGAAACAAGUGUUGGAGGCUUUUUUCCACACCCAGUCGAGUGUACGGCACUUUGCACUCAACGUCAUAGCUCUCACGCUAAACCAGGGUCUCAUCCAUCCUGUACAGUGUGUACCCUACCUCAUAGCCAUGGGAACAGACCCAGAACCCACCAUGAGGAACAAAUCUGACCAACAACUGGUGGAGAUUGAUAAGAAAUACACAGGAUUCAUCCAUAUGAAGGCCGUUGCUGGGAUGAAGAUGUCUUACAGCUUGCAGCAGGCCAUCAAUUCCCCUCGUAAAACCACCAUCAGAGGCUUCAGGCAGGACGAGACCCACACGGCUCUGUGCUCCCACCUUUACACCAUGAUCCGUGGGAACCGGCAGCAUCGGAGGGCCUUUCUCAUCUCGUUGCUGAACCUCUUUGAUGACAGUGCUAAGACAGAGGUUAACAUGCUGCUGUUCAUAGCAGACAACCUGGCUUGUUUUCCUUAUCAGAGUCAAGAGGAGCCUCUUUUCAUCAUGCACCACAUAGACAUCACUCUGUCUGUUUCUGGCAGCAACUUGUUGCAAACUUUCAGAGAGCUUCUACUGAAGGAACCGAGGCGCAAAGAGAAGAAAGUAAAAGAGUGGGUCAACACGUCUGAUGGGGAGGAUAAAGAGGAAGAAAUGAAUUGUGAUUCUCCCAGAAGUGAAAAGGAGGAAAACGGCAACAGUGAAAUCGAAAACGACGAGGACGAAGAUGUGGUUAGGCGUCCAAAGAAGACAAGAAAGCCCAUUGCAAACAGCUCGGAUUCUGAGUCGGAUUUUGAGGAUUUGGCUGUGGAAGAUGCGGACAAAGUAAUGAGGCUCCUCCCAGAAAGUCCCACAGGUCUCUUGGACUUUGCCAAUGCUGUUCAGGGCAUUCUGCUUCUGCUGGUGCUGAAACAACAUCUUAAGAAUCUCUACGGUUUUUCUGACAGUAAAAUUCAGAAGUAUUCUCCAACGGAGUCGGCCAAGGUGUACGACAAGGCAGUGAACAGAAAAAGCAACGUCCACUUCCACCCAAGGCAGACCAUCGACUUCAUCUCCAACAACAUGGCUCACGCGACACUGACGGAGGAUGUGAAAAGACGGAUAGUAAAGCAGUACCUUGAUUUCAAAAUGCUGAUGGAACACCUGGAUCCAGAUGAAGAGGAUGAGGAGGGGGAAGCAUCUGCAAGCGCCAACAUCAGAAACAAAGCCAUAAAUGCGCUAUUGGGAGGCAGCGGACCCAUGUCAGGUCCCAGUCCACGCAAUCAGGCGGGACCAGAAACGGACGACGACGACAGUGAUGGUGAAGAAAGAACCCCCGGGUCAUCACGAAAGCCGAGGAGAGCGGGGGAUUCUUCCGAUCCUGGUCGUAUGAGUGAGAUCCUUGAUGUUAUGGAUGUCAUUGCCCUUUGGUGCCCCAAAUACAAGGACCGACCGCAGAUAGCUCGAGUUGUCCAGAAGACUUCCAAUGGAUAUACCAUCCACUGGAUGGCGGGCUCCUACUCAGGGCCUUGGGCGGAGGCCAAGAAACGGGAUGGCCGCAAAGUGGUGCCUUGGGUGGACACUAUUAAAGAGUCGGACAUCAUUUACAAGAAGAUUGCCUUGACCAGCAACCACAAACUGAGCAACAAAGUAGUACAGACUUUACGCUCACUAUAUGCAGCACGGGAAGGAGGGACUAGCUAAUGGCUCCUACUAUUUUUUUUGUUUGUUUUGUUUUGUUUUUGGGAGAGGGGAUUGUUUCCCCUCACUCCAUUUAUACUUCCAUCUGUUCCCCUCUUCCCCUGCUUCUCCUUCCAAACCACCAACCAACAGCCAAACUUCACUGGAUUCCUACCAGACCUCUCCUUCAUUUUUUGUAAGAGAACACAAGAGGGCAAGAAUAUUUGACACUACAUUCUUUUACAUGGGUUAUUCUUGCAAAAAUGAAACAAAACAUAAGACUCGUACCAGAGGGACUGCUCAUGUUUGCGUACAUGUUCAGAAGGAUCGAAUCCUGAAGGCAUUAAAGGAAUAAUUCUCGCCAGUUAUUCCUUCAAAGGCUAUCAGUAACGAAACGUGGAGGGAAAUGUUUUGUCAACAUUGUUGUGGGAGCUCCUUCGCUGUUGUGCAGCAGAUUCUAGUCGCUCAUUUCUACUCCCACUGUAUCAUAGUUUAACACAACAAAAAACUAAAAUGUUUAUAUCUCUGAAUAAAAAAAGCUGUAAAAAAAGAAUAAAACCUUAAGUGAAUGUUGGAAAUUAGUCUUUUUGAUGUUCUUAAUAAAGUGUUUUUUGGAGUUUAAUUAUAUUACUAGCAUCCUGAUGGAUUUUUCUUUAGCUUUUAGAUAUUUGAAAAAAAGGACAAAAUCGUUUAAAAAAAAUAAAAUAAAUAAAAAUAAGAAUUUUUAUUUUUGUUCACCUUUAUUUGUCCAUGCUGUACAAUGGCAGAGUCCUCUGAAUAUAAUUUAUUCUAUUCCGAAACUACGCAUGCAGUAUAUGUGACCUAUUGCUGGAGGAUAUUUUGUAAAUGUAGAUUUUGUUGUAUUAGGUCACUCAAGUUAAAAGAGGAAAAGGGAUUCGUGCCCUUUUGGUGGAACAAAUACUGCAAUAAAUUUUCUACUUGUCUUUGUCA